AUGAUAUCAGAUCCAUGCGAAGUGGGUCUUCCUUCAUCGCUGUGUAUCUACUUACGCGCCCCUACAAACAUAUGCAUGAUGUCAUUCUCACUUUUCCAACUCAUGUCAUUGUUAGAAAGACUGCUAGCGUUAUGGAAACAUCGCAAUUACAGUUAUUACGGACCGACAUUUGGCUAUGCUUCUGCGGGUCUUUGUAUAUUUGUUUCGAUAGGAGUCCUGCUUUGGCAACUGGAAAACGCUGAUUUUCACGACAAGCAGACAUACUGUUCAAUAGCAACAGUUUACACUAGGGAUCGCACUGAAAAAGUGUGUUUUACUAUGUGCGGAAUCAAUAUGGCAACCUUGCUGGGAUUAACUGCUGUAUUCCUAUUCAACAAAGUUGCACGGAAAAGGUAAAU